UGUUCUUCAAAUAACCUUGUAGACAUAAUUUCAAUGCCAAUCUACUAUGAUCGAAAGAAUCAGCUCAUAUUCACUGUUCAUCAUUCUGUUGCAACGAUAGCCUUCUACCUCAUUUUGGUAAGUCUCGUUCGGUCUAUCUAUGCGCAUCGUGUGGAUCUGCUCGAGAAUGCAACCUUUUUGGCUGAAGUUGCUCAGGUUACUUCUUUUAUAGACCGGCGUCGUGUCGCCAUUGUGUCACUGAUCUUCUCGAUUUUCUUUGCAAUUACACGCAACUUCAUGGUCAUUCCCUACUGGUUGUUUAUAUACUCAAUCUACGGAACACCGAAACACAUGGCUGCUCGAGAACAAUUACCCGGUCUGGAUGUGCCCAUGUUUGUCUCUUCUCUUAUACUGGACGCCCUAAAUAUCUACUGGGCUCUGAUGGUUUAUCCUAUCGGCUAUAAAGCCGCCUACAUGCUCUACAAGGCGGACUGGCGUACUGACUUUGAUCGAGUACGCGAUCGCAUUCGUGGUCGUUUUCUGAGUGCUCGACGUCGCGCCAUGAAUACUGAACUGCUAGCUUCAUUGCGCCGCAGCACUUCGUUCAAUCUCAUUCAACGGGCUUGGGAGGAGUGGUCGCUGAUUCCCGAAGAUUUCAGUGAGACUGAGUUCUGCACUAUGUCCGUGUCAGAGCGUUCCUCACCGCUUCGACGCUACUCAGAUAGCGAUGACAGCAACAUUAAUGACGAAGGUCCCUGCACAUUUAACAUGCUUAUCCCUUCUCCGAUGAAGUCAAUUUCUUCGUUCUGUCUGUUUGCAGAACUCUUUCUUGUUAUAUUUUUUGUUGAUUGCGCCAUUCUUUCCGUUGGUAUAUGCGAAAAUCUGAAAUUAACCACAGGUUCUUUAUAUUAUCCGAAUUUUCAAAUCUACCGCUUCUUCACAUUCUUUCUUGUCAAUACAAAUGUGAUUUUAUUUGUAAUAGACGCUGCAGGAUUCUUUGCAUUUGAUUCAUUGUUACAACGACGGUGGAAUUUUGCAGAAAAGAUGAAGUUUUUGAUGAUAACUACAUGGCUCCCGGGCUUCAUGUGUCUGAUAUACUAUUACAUCAAAUUUGCUUGCUCUAGAACGGAGGCAGACCUAUUUUUCACAGGUGUCAAUGGCUCCAGCUCCUUUGUUGCUGCAGUGACUAUUGUUUCUAGGCAGUUGCUCUAUGAUACCUCCUCGGACGCGAAGGUGCAAACUCUCUAUCGUUAUGCUUCUUUGUUUUACCUUAUUCUAAUUGCAUUGCUGCAAGGCUUCGGUGCUAUUCCCUCUAUCACUCUUCUCUAUUCGUUCUUUGGUCUUCUCUAUGGAUGGACAUACUUGAGGUUCUUCCAGAAUCAUACUGAUGGCAAGCGGGGUGAUUUUCGAGGCAGCUUCUCUUUUGCAAGGCAAGUUGUUGCGAGGUCCUUCUAA